UUCUUCUUUUUUUCAACAACAACAACAACGAUGACUACUUCUUCCACCACCUCGGUAGGUUGCUAGGAAACAUUAAACCGAAACGUUGAAGCUCUUUAUACCAAGGUUGUACUUAUUAAGUGUUUUCAACACACUGUCGUCAGAGUUACUAAUUACUCCAUUUACGUUGUCUGCUACCUGGCUUGUUAGUUUAACUCUAGGCUAAUUGCUAAUGCUAACUAACAUCCCUGACCAUGAGCUCACUAAACUACUCCUCCCUUGGUAAUGAAGAGGUGGUCUGCUGGACGGAGAAAGAAGCUCUGGAACUGAACAUUGUUGUUAAAGAGGAAGAAGAGGAGGAUGAUGAAGAGGUUUCAGUUUUUGGAGAGGAAGAAGCUAUCAGAAUAAUAAAGGAGGAAGAGGAGGCUAUCACAUUGAAAGAAGAAGAGGAUGUAAUGGUGAAAGGAGAGGAGGCCAUCUCAAUUAAAGAGAAGGAAGACGUUUGGGGAGUGAAAGGCGAGGAGGAGGGAGAGGAGCAGGAGACCGACGAUCUGAUUCACACCAGAGAAAGACCAGAUUCUAACACUGACAGCAGGAAGAGUCCCUCAGUGGAACCAGACCCAGGGAUGCCCAAACCA